AGAAUUUGGACUAAAAACCGGAAGAAAGUUAUCUCCCUUUAAAACAGUUUCGUUUUUAGUUUCAGAAUUUUAACCGCCCGUUUCUGGCAUUCAUUUUUUUCAUAAUCGGGCUUGGUUACAAAUCCAGUUAAUCAUGAAAUUAGUAAGAUUUUUGAUGAAACUCAGUCAUGAGACUGUGACUAUUGAAUUAAAAAAUGGCACCCUUGUACAUGGAACCAUCACAGGUGUUGAUGUCAGUAUGAACACACACUUAAAAGCUGUAAAAAUGACUCUAAAGAAUAAGGAUCCUGUACAGUUGGAGACAUUAAGUAUACGUGGUAACAACAUCCGGUACUUCAUUCUUCCAGACAGUUUGCCCUUGGAUACAUUACUCAUUGACGACACACCAAAGGCUAAAGCCAAGAAGAAGGAAAUGGCUGCCCCUGGACGAGGUCGGGGUCGUGGACGUGGUAGAGGUCGUGGCCGUGGCAGAGGCCGAGGGCGAAGAUAAUUUCUUAUAUAAAUAUUUUUACAUUUUUUUUUGAUUACCUUCUCUCAUUUCAAAUUUUAUAUGAAAACAACUUUUUUGUCAGCAUUUUGUCAUCUUCAAAUUAUUGCAGUGGAGUCCAUUGCAUCAUUUUCCUUAUCACAUCCGUAUUAAAAGAUAUUAGAAUACCUUUUGAA